AGAUAGACUUAAAUACCCCGACCAAGCGGCUGAUACGAAUACGACGUUCUGAUCCCCCUCUAGAGCUUGUCAAAGGGACUAUGGGAAUCAAUUAACCUCAAGUAAAUGAGAAUGAGUAGAGGCGAACCAACCCUCUUGGAACGCAGGAGUUUUUAAAGAACUGGGAGUGGGCUAAACGCCAAGUUCUGCAACGGUAGGGAUCAUCGUGUACCCACUGCACCCCGACCCUAGCACAGGGCCUGGCACAUAGUGCGCUAACCACAAACGUCUACUGAGUGAAAGGGCGGCAGGCUGAAUGCGUGAAUGAGUGAUGCAGGAGAAAGUUAAGACCAAGAACACCACCAUUCGGUAAUGGCGAAUGUCUUGUGAGGAGUGCAGGGUAGCUGAGGAAGGAGCGUCAGAUUGAGUUCAAAAUUUGCAACAGAGAUGUGAGACUCUACUCAGGGGCUUCCGCAGGACUGUUGGCAGGGCGUCUGCGGACUUGGGAGUCCCGGCGCUGAGGCGCAGCCCGACCUGAGCUCUGAGGCGGCCGUCAGCCCCGCGGCGCCAGCCGAGAGCAGCCCUGCCCCGCCGCGGAGGGCCUGAGGGGGGCGUCUUCGGCCGCGCCGGUGCUCGCCGAGAGCCAGGAGGACCAGAGCAUAUCCAAGGAGUGGCUGCAGUUCCACCUGUGGUCUGGCUGCCAUGCAACAUGGACGAGCUACUGGUAAAAGGCCCUCUGCUCCCACUCCCAUGCAGAUUUACGAGCCGCUUCCUCGACUUCUCGUUGUGCACAUUGCUCUGCCGUCCUGGGCUGACAUCUGUCCCACCCUCUGUGAGGCUCUGCAGAACUUUUUCUCUCUAGCCUGCAGCUUGAUGGGCCCCAGCCGCAUGUCCCUGUUCAGCUUAUACAUAGUACGAAAUCAGCACGAGUGCAUCCUCCCUUUUGUGCAGGUGAAAGGGAACUUUGCUAGGCUGCAGGCCUGCAUCUCAGAGCUCCGCAUGCUACAAAGAGAAGGUUGUUUCAGACCACAAGACGCAUCUCUGCAGCUGGCAGUGCAGGAUGGGCUCCAGCAGUUCAAACAACACAGCAGACAUUUGACGAAAAGUGCAGCUCUGACCUGCACUUCCCUGGAGAUUACUGUUCUGACUUCCCAUCCUGGAAAAGAAGUGGUCAAACAACUAGAAGAAGGAUUGAAAGAUACAGACCUGGUCAGGGUCAGAAGACUUCAGGUUGUCGAGGUUACAAAGGAAAUCCUCCAGCAUAUGGACUCAGCAUCUCCUGUUGAAGAGUCCGGCAGUGAUGUGUGCCUGAAAUGUGAUCUCCAAGAGCGACUGCUCAGCCCGUCCCUGCUCCCUGGCACAGCUGACGGCUCCUUGAGAAUGGAUGACCCCAAAGGAGACUUCAGCACCCUCUACCAGAUGGCUUCCCAGACAUCAGUCUCUCGCUACAAGCUUCAAGUGAUCAAGGCUCUAAAGUCUAGCGGGGUCUGCGAGUCGUUGACGUAUGGACUCCCGUUCAUCCUCAGGCCCACAAGCUGUUGGCAGCUGGACUGGGAUGAGCUGGAGACAAAUCAGCAGCAUUUCCAUGCUUUGUGUCACAGCCUGCUGAAAAGAGAAUGGCUCCUGUUGGCUAACGGGGAGCCGCUGAUCCUAGGGCACAGCCAGAGGGCCCCUGCCACGGCCUUCUACGUGAUCAUGCCUUCAGGCUCGCUCACGCUGCUGGUCAAGGCGGUAGCCACACGGGAACUGAUGCUGCCCAGCGCCUUCCCCCUGCUGCCUGAGGAGCCACCGGGCGACAGCCUGAAGGUUGUGGAGAGCUUGCUGGACGGCCUGGAAGUAGAACCCACCUACAACCCCCUGCAGGUUCGGAGCCACCUGUACUCACACCUGAGCAGCACCUUUGCCCCGCUGCAGGGGCGGCUCCACCCAAGCUGGGGCAGCCGGGCCCUGGGAAAGGCUGGGCAGCUGCACACCCACCGAGCUCGAGCCACAGUGGCCCCCCUGCCCAUGACGCCAGCCACACGCAGAGCCCCCAAGACGCCAGCAGCCAGCAAAGCUUCCUCAGAAGCCUUCAUCCUGUCUUCAGAGGAGGAGGAGGAGGAGGGCGAGAAGGAGGCUCACUCAGGGCCCUAAGUCAGCGGCACAGAGCCCAGCUGCCCGCACACGCGUGCAUGCACCUGUGCUCGUGAUACAGGCGGGCAGACAGGAUUAGGUCGAUUAGAUUUGUGAGCUGGAGAGCACGCCUUCACCCCGCCCCCAUGUGCUCGCAUGCCCCUACCUGAUCUCACCUGUACGCCCACCUGCCAAUCAGACUAUGUAACCACUCCCCUUUGGAAGUAAAUACAAGGCCUGCAGCACCACGGUGGGCCCCUGCCUUGUUGUCCCACACCUUCGGGCGCUCGGCCUUAUGGCUGCCUCUCUGCCUUUGCGCCCCUGCCUGUCUAAGCUACCUGUGGCUGCUCAGAAUCAUGCACCUUGCUCCACGUGGCUCCUGGCCUGCUCUCUGCCUGGAAUGGACCCAACUGGUGCUUCUCGACUUCUUUCUCCCCUAAAUAAAGCCCUCACCUUCCUGCGCAUUUCUUGCACUGAAUAAAGG